CAAAAAGUCAUAUAGGUCUUUUAGGACAGGGGCCUCUAUGAAAACGCUUCAUAAAGCCGCCAGCCGCCUUGGUUGCAAGUUGUGUUUUCCAGACUCGAAUUUCUCCACAAGCCAGCAACUAUCUAUCCACAAUGGGUCUUUCUACGGUGGCAAGCACCAUUCAGCCCGGCAAGAAGGAAGUUCGCAAUAGGCUGAGCAUCAACAAUAAACUAGUUCAGGCCCUGAUCCUUCUGGUGGCCUGUGUCCUCUUUGGAGCCAAGCUGAACUACGCCGUCUUUCCACCGGGCACUGUUCUCGAUAUCAAGUUGGGUGAAGUCGCCCUCGAGCAGUUUGCCUAUACGCCAACCCGCGAUGGAUACGAGUUCAACUACACUCUUCCUGAUGGAACUUUUCGUGAUGAGAUUGGCAAGGUCCUUAGCGGAACUUCGGCAGCUCAGGAUCUGGAAAAUGCCAACAACUUGGCCAAGAACCACCGUCCCUCGCGUGAACAGGGCCUAAAGAUUCGCAAGUUGUCCGGAAAAUCUCUUUCAUCUCUGGCCGGAUAGACACCUCAGCAAACAUUCCUAUUUAGAAUCCAGCAUGCAUUGAUAAAAAAAAAAGUUUGCUAACCGUUUUAGGCUAGCUUUUAAAAAGAGAUUUUACAUUUCCGAGCAAUAAAAACCAUCGAUCAAAAAUA